UUUUAAAGACCAGUACGAUUAUUCCUGUAUUCUGCCCAUGACUCCUCUCUGAUGGCCUUACUCCUUGCCUUGAAGCUAGAUGACAAACAUUGGCCGCCAUUUGCUUCAGAUCUGCUCUUUGAACUCCACCAGUGCAAUAACUCUAAAGAAUAUUAUGUCAUAGUCAGAUAUAAUGGAGAAGCAGUAGUACUUCCUAAGCUGAAGAAGAGGUAUGUGGAAAUUGGGCAAGAGUCUGCAGUGCCACUGAAAUACUUCAUGAGAUAUUUAAAUGAAGAAAAAGUCAUGGAAGCUAGAGAAUACAGAAAAGUCUGUGAAUCUAACAUCUUAGACAUCAUAGCAGAAG